GCUUCUGUGCUCAUUUAAGUGCAAUUGCUGAUAAAUAUUUUCAAGCCAACAAAGUUUUCCUCACUGAAGAUCGCACCGGAGAGGUAAACUUAUUUUCAAGCGUUCCAUAGUCGACGGGCAGCACAAAUUAACAUCAAUGAAAAGUUUCCAGCCCACACAAUAACCGACAUUGAGCUAAUGGGACAACAACACUUGACGAUCAAGCAUAAAUUGCACGAGCUAUGCGAAGCCCUGGCGGAAAAGGUGCAGAACGAACAGGAAGUCUCUAUUCACCCAGCCACAUCUUCGCUGAAAGGUACUACAGUUGCUCCAGGCCGUCUCACUCUCGAAGCGGAAGAACCCUUGCCAGCAAACAUAUUCAACAGACUUCUGCCCGAGGUGCAGCGCAUUGAACUUGUGCUGGCGUGCAGCCGAUUCUACUGGAGCGUAGAACGUCGUGCACUUAUGUACAAUCGCAUACCGGUUGUGUUGGAUACGGAUUUGCUACCUUGGCCCAUACCAUACAACUACACUCCGGUUGGCGUAUUUCGACAUAGCCCGUUCGACGUGAAUCUCACAUUUUCGGACUAUGGCAAGAAAGAUGAAAAGGACGAAGUGAAGAGUAGCAGCUCAGAGGGAAGCGAGAAAAAGGGCGAAAAUUCAGCAGAGUAAUUUUUGAAAUAGACUGGAGCAAGGUUUAACCAAAAGGCUUUGCUCAUCCAAUUUUUCUUCGCAUAUGUAAAAAUCUUGAAUCAACAAAAAAAUAACA